AUGCAACUAAAAGGGUUUCAGCCUCUUCUUCCGCAGCCGCAGCAGCAUAAUUCCUUUUCUGAAUCAUCGCAGAUCGCCGAUUUUCGUUUUGUGAAGGGGAAAACAUUUAGUCUUUAUCGAUGUAAAAAACAAAUUGAUGAUCUAAUGGAGUCUAAAGGUGGGAAAAAGAAGUCCAGUAGUAGUAAAUCCAUAUUCUACGAAGCUCCCCUUGGAUACAGCAUUGAGGACAUUCGACCAAACGGAGGCAUCAAGAAAUUCAGAUCUGCUGCAUACUCCAACUGCGCUCGCAAGCCGUCCUGA